AUGGACGUCUUCCGAGUUGAGCCCGAAUUCAUGAGCAUGCUUGAAGACUUUGACGAAGAAAGCUUGUUGGACUUUGCUGCACUGUAUGAGAACACCGAAAGUGAUUCUGACAUCGAAAUUGCUAUUCUCAUCCAAUUUCUCCGUUUCACAAAGUCUUCAUCACCCAAAUACUUGGAAGCUGCACUACAGCAAGCAACAAAAUGGGCGGCAGCUACCGAAGCUGCGGACCCAGAACGCAGCCGACGAUUCCAGAUAGUCGACAUGAUGCUGUCUGUACAACUCACCCACAAUGAAUCGCGGGAAAUGGACCAAAGACCAGUAUCGCAAGCUCAUCCCUCCAUUCACAUACUUUCCUUCGAGUUCAUCCAGCAAUGGCUCCAAAUUAUCGAGAUGUGGGACAACAUGCGGAACAGCAACGAUCCAGGGAACUUGGCCAUACUGACUUCGGCCAUACGACAGAUCAUGCCAACAACACCACAAGGGUUCCAGCAUGUAGUUUCAUGGCUUUGCAAUACCGGUAUUGAGCUUCUUGAACGCUUCCAGGAACGCGAACAAAUCGAGGAUUUACACAGCGCUGUGGAAAUAGCUGGUAUGGCCGUUGAUGCAGCUUUGCCAGGCAGUGUCGAUCAAGCUAUCUGCCUGGGCAAUCUCGGGAACUGUCUUGGCAAACGAUCUGAGAAACUUGUGACAAUGGCUGAUCGAGACCGCGCUAUCGACGUGUUCGAAAAAGCAAUCGAACUUACUCCUCUGGAUGACUCCAAUCGAGCCAUUUGGCAAGGAAGCCUUGGCUGUCGGCUCAUCAGGCGAUUCGAGUGGACUGGGCUGGAUAUCGAUCUUGAUCACGCGGUUUCUGUCGCUGAGAAAGCAAUUGAAGCUAUACCUCCAACCCAUCCAAAUCGAGCCACCUUUUUGGAUAACCUUGGGCUGUGCCUUGGUAUGGAGUUUAAGCGGUCAGGGUCUAUCGAAUCUCUCAACCGCGCUAUCACUGUCCUUGAGGAAGCAUUACGCCUAAUUCCUGCAGAAUCCCCCGAAUGGGUUGAAAUCAAAGCAAAUGUCAGCACCUGGCUCAGUGAGCGGUCUCAUUUGACUGAUUCUGCAGAAGAUCUUGACCGUGCCGUCAAGGCUGCCGAAACCGCAAUUUCGACCAGUAUACCAGGUAGUCAAGGCCACGCUCGAGGUCUCAAGAGCUUGGGAUCAUGCCUCGGCCAACGUUAUGAACGCUAUCAUCAUGGCAGUGACAUAAAUCGUGCAAUCGAGGCCACUGAAACUGCGUUUAACCUAACGCCUAAGACUCAUCCGAAUCAUAGUGCCUGGUCUGGUAACCUUGGACACCAUUUCUUUCUGCGAUUUGAGCAUACUGGAUCAAUGGACGACCUGAAUCGAGCCAUCAAUCUAUCCGAAAAGGCAGCUAACGUGGAUACCCGCAACGUCCCUGAGCUGGCCGUUGGAUACAACAACUCGGCCAUACUUCUUUGCACAAGGUUUGAGCGGGCUGGAAAAAUGGAGGACAUAACACGUGCUGUUGAAUUCGCUCGGAUGGCUGUCGAUGCAACACCUCCGGGCUCGCCUGAUAGGCCUGGCUGGAUGAGUAACCUCGGAAUAUGCUUGGGUCGACGAUUUGAACGAACCGGCUCAAUGUCAGAUCUCGAUAGUGCCAUUGAAUUCACAAAGGCUGCAGUCAACAUUGUUGCUCCUGAGCAUCCAGACAGGGCGAGGUGGUUGAACAACUAUGCACUGUGGCUGCAUACGAGGUUCAAGCGUCAUAAGUCUCUGACAGAUAUUGAUAACUGCAUAGAAGCCGCCAAGACUGCGAUCGAGAUUACGGCUGCAGAUAGCCCAAGGUUACCGGUGUGGCAGGCGAACUUGGCGGUCUGGCUUUCUGACCGCGCCAAGCGGACCAAGUCUGUUCAUGACACAGACGAAGCGGUUAAGAGCGCUCAGAUGGCAGUGGAGAGCACCUCUGCAGUGCACGCUGACCGAGCCGCACGUUUCAAUAAUCUUGGCCUUGCGUUGUGGACACGCUACGAAUUGACAAGCUCGGCACAAGAUCGUGAUAAUGCUAUCGCAGCAGUGGAAGCAGCGAUUGACGCCAGUCCUCCGGAAUACCCCCAAAGAGCUCUUCACUUGGAGAACCUUGGGAACUGGUUGUUGGAGAGAUCACGACAUUCACCAGCGGACGAUGAUCAAAACCAGGCAUUGUCCUGUUUCGAGGACGGCUGGGCCUGCAAUUCUGCUUCCCCCAAGGACCGUAUCUCUCUAGCACGUCGCGCCGCCAGAAUAUACGCUUCGAGGGGUGACUGGACAAACUCGAGUAAGUUUCUGGCAUCCGCAAUGGUGCUUCUUCCGCUUGUCAGCCCUCGGAUGUUGGAACAAGACGAGAAGCAACAUAUGAUUAGCCAGUUCAAUGGCCUAGCCUCCUCAGCUGCGGCCGCGGCUUUAAAUGCGGGUAAGAGCGGAUUGGAAGCUCUUGAAUUGUUGGAACAAGGCCGGUGUGUCAUUUCUGGCCUCCUUCUGGACAUGCGCACCGAUCUGUCUGAAUUGACAGAGCGGCAUCCUGGUAUAGCAGCUAAGUUCGAGUCACUCAGGGAUGAGUUAGACUCACCCAAUCGGGAUGCAGCUCUAUCAGAAAAGUCUCUGCCCUCACUACAAUCUCAGAUAGAUCGACGGUUUGAAGUAGACCGUAACCUCACGAACGUCAUCGCAACGAUCCGUGCUCUGCCAGGCUUCGAGAGAUUUUUGCUUCCACCAGCACAGAAGGAACUGAUGACUGCUGCGAAUGAGGGACCAAUAGUCAUCUUCAACGUCAACUCGUACCGCUGCGAUGCAUUUAUCGUACAACAGGAGCUGGUGCAGAUCCUUCCCUUGCCACUCUUAACAGAGGAAGAGUUGGACCUGAAGUUGCAACAGUCUCUCAUACCGUCUGCGCAAACACUUGAAUGGCUUUGGACAGUCGCGGUGUGUCCUUGUUUGGAAUCAUUGCACUAUACAGGGCCACCAUCGGACGACGUCUGGCCACACGUGUGGUGGAUUCCUACAGGUGCACUCAGCCAAUUUCCAAUCCACGCAGCCGGUCUCCAUCUGCAACGAACGGGACACACAGUGAUAGACAGAGUGAUGUCGUCUUACAGCUCAUCACUCAAGGCGCUUGUAUACAGUCGGAGAUUUCGUUCUCGGCAGGACACAGCUUUUGUUUCGGACGAAGCUCUAAUGAUUGCCAUGGAAGCAACAAUGCUCCAGGACAAACUUCCGUAUGCCUCAAAAGAGAUAGACAUGCUCGUCAGUUUAUGUGCUUCCCUGCAGCUGACACCUGUCCUGCCGAUUCCUCGCAAAGACGAAGUGCUUAAAAGGCUUACAAAAUGCAAGAUCUUCCAUUUCGCUGGUCAUGGACACUCAGAUCCAUCAGAUCCCUCACAAAGCUGUAUUCUCCUCGAAGACUGGGUCACAAACCCUCUGACAGUGGGCGAUCUUCAAGAGGUUCGCAUCAAGGAUAACUCUCCGUUCCUAGGUUUUCUAUCUGCGUGUUCUACCAGCAGCAACAAAGCAAAGAAGCUGGUCGAUGAGGGCAUACACCUCGUUAGCGCUUUCCAGCUCGCUGGCUUUCGACACGUCAUCGGAACAUUGUGGGAAGUGUCUGAUAGCCACUGUGUACAUGUUGCCCAAAUACUUUACGAGACGCUUCGGGACGAAGGAAUGACAGACGCAGCGGUAUGUUACGGUCUUCAUGUAGCGGUAAGGGCGUUGCGGGAUGCGGAUGUCGAGAUAGGAUUGAACGGAAGAAAUGGUGAGAUUGUGUGGGACGAUGAUACGACGGCGACUGCCGAGGCGUCUUUCUACUGGGUUCCGUACAUUCAUUUCGGGCCUUAA